AACACAAGAAAACUACAAAUUACACAUCCGUAGAUUUUAAUUACUUUCUUAAUACGCUGCGCAAAACGACGUCGUUUGGAGCCUGUUUCGGACAGAAAACGUGAAAUCUGAAUCUCUCUUUCGCUGUCCGAUUCCGACAGAUAGACAGAGGAGAGAGAGAGAGAGAGAGAGAGGACGCGCGAAACACACAGAGAGAAGGAGACGAUCCCAAGACAAUGGACGAUCCUUCCAACACCAAACCCAACCAAUGCCCGCCUCUAUCCACCCCAGCUCCGUCAUCAACGCCGUUCCGAGGUCCGUACCACCGUCGAGCACAUUCAGAGGUUCAUUUCCGUCUCCCUGAAGAUCUAGAUCUCUCCGAACCGUUCGGAGGGUUCGACGAGCUCGGAUCCGAGGACGACCUCUUCUGCUCGUACAUGGACAUCGAGAAUAAACUCGGAUCCGGAUCCGAUUCCGCUGGACCGUCCGCUGCUCCGAGAUCCGAGGCUGAGAAUUCGAGGCCUAGGCACAGGCACAGCCUCUCCGUCGAUGGCGGGUCUUCGACUUUGGAGUCGAUCGAGGCGAAGAAAGCUAUGGCUCCUGAUAAACUCGCUGAGCUUUGGGUCGUUGACCCUAAGCGUGCUAAAAGGAUAAUGGCUAACCGACAAUCGGCUGCUCGUUCAAAAGAGAGGAAGGCCCGCUAUAUAAUGGAGCUCGAGAGGAAAGUCCAGUCCUUGCAAACCGAAGCUACUACCCUCUCUGCACAACUGUCUUUGUUCCAGAGAGACACAACUGGUUUGUCAUCUGAGAACACAGAGCUCAAGCUUCGUUUACAAGUCAUGGAACAACAAGCCAAGUUGCGAGACGCACUCAACGACCAGCUGAAAAAGGAAGUAGAGAGGCUGAAGUUCGCCACAGGAGAAGUCUCACACGCUGAUGCUUAUAACCUCGGGAUGGCGCACAUGCAAUACUCUCAACAACAACAGCAACCACAACAACAACAACAAUCCUUCUUCCAACAUCAUCAUCAUCAUCAUCAUCAGCAACAACAACAACAAACUGAUGCUCAAAACAUACAACAAAUGACUCAUCAGUUUCAUCUCUUCCAGCCUAACAACAACAACCACAACCACAACCAGAACCCUCAGCUUAUGCACCACGCUACUUCUAAUGCCUCUGGUCAAUCUCAUUCCUUUGCAGAGGCGAUGCAUGAAGACCAUCUUGGCAGGUUACAGGGGCUUGACAUUAGCAGCUGUGGCAGAGGUUCGAACUUUGGUAGGUCUGAUACCGUCAGUGAAAGCAGCAGCACCAUGUGAAGCUCUGCCUUUGUCGAUAAAACCUUAUUCUUUUGCUCUCCCUUGACCGUCUGAUUCAUUUUUUUAAAUAUUCUGUAAAAACUGGUUUCAAGUUACAAUUUAGAGACCACAGGUGUUUUAACUUGUCUCAUUUCUCUGUAUCAUGAUUCUUCUGUAUGUUCUCUUGCUUCCUUCACUAGUUGCUUCUUCAAUCAUCCUUGUAAAUGGUGGUUGUAUUUGGAUUUGGCUUUGCCUCAAACCAUACAAGAUAUUGUUAUGUUUUA